AUGUCCAGAGACGCACCAUUGAAAGCAGAAAGGGAUUACUCCGAAAUCCUAAAGGAUGAAUUCUCAAAGAUCGAAACAAUAGCACAAUCCAACCAUCAAGAAGCCCUAAAUGAAUUAUUAGUCUGGGAAAAGAAGACAAGACAAGCUGGUGAUUUGCCCUCUUCGAAAGAUGUCCUUUCAAAGAUCGUCGAUUUGUUGUUCACGUUCCAUGAAUGGGAUUCACUUAAUGAACAAUUGACUUUGUUGUCGAAGAAACAUGGUCAAUUGAAAUUGGCUAUCCAAUAUAUGAUUCAAAGGAUCAUGUGGCAUCUCGAUGAUAUGGGGGAUAAGUUGGAUUUACCUGUGAAGAUUAAAUGUAUUGAAACUAUUAGAUUGGUUACGGAGAAUAAGAUCUUUGUGGAGACUGAAAGAGCUAGAGUUACAAGACAGUUGGUGGAGAUUUUGAAGACUCAAGGGAAAAUUGAAGAAGCAUGUGAUACUCUUUGUGAAUUGCAAGUGGAAACUUAUGGGUCCAUGGAUAUGUUUGAGAAGAUUGAAUUUAUAUUGGAACAAAUGAAUUUAAGUAUAUUGAAAGGUGAUUAUAAUCAAGCUACUGUGCUUUCUAGAAAGGUUUUGAAAAAGACUUUCAAGAAUGAAAAAUAUGAGGAUUUAAAACUACAAUACUAUAAAUUAUUGAUUAAGAUUGGUCUAUAUAAGAGAGAUUAUCUUGACGUGGCUCAAUAUUAUCAAGAAAUUUAUUUGACUAAUUCUGUACAAAAGGAUGAAUCUCAAUGGAAAGAUGCUCUUUGUCAUAUUGUUUAUUUCUUAAUAUUAUCUCCAUAUGGUAAUUUACAAAAUGAUUUGAUUCAUAAAAUUCAGUUAGAUAAUAAAUUGAAGAAAUUGGAAAUUCAAGAGUCUUUAGUCAAAUUAUUUACCACUCAAGAAUUGAUGAGAUGGCCAAUCGUAAAAGAAACUUAUCAAGAUACUUUAAGUAAAGAUAUUGUCGCAUUUGGUGGUGGUCCAGAAAAUAAACAUCAUUGGGAUGAAUUAAAGAAAAGAAUAAUUGAACAUAAUUUGAGAGUUAUAUCACAAUAUUAUUCCAGAAUCACUUUGGAAAGACUAGAUGAAUUAUUAGAUUUAACUGAAUCUGAAACAGAAACUUUUAUCAGUGAUUUAGUUAAUCAAGGUAUCAUUUUCGCAAAAGUUAAUAGACCUGCCAAAAUUGUCAAUUUCGAAAAGAAACAAAACUCAAGUGAAUUAUUAAAUGAAUGGUCUUCUAAUGUGGAUCAAUUGUUAGAAAAUAUCGAAACGAUAGGUCAUUUAAUUACAAAGGAGGAAAUAAUGCAUGGUUUGAAGGCUAAAUGA